AUGGAUAUGUUCUUCGUGUCUCUAUUCAAACCAACGCGGGAAGAAGAGGCUCGUGUCACCAGCAAGGGCCAAAGCUUGGGUUUCAACUACAAAAGCCACGGCAGCUCCCGGGGCGCGCCGCCGCUGCCGGAGGCGGCGCAGGAGGACGGCUGGUGGAAGAUCGGAUACGGCCGAAAGACCUACGACGCGACUAAGGACCUGCUGGGCAGCUGGGGCCAGUUCCAGCUGCCCUGGGCGCAGGUGCGGCCGGACACCCCCAUCAAGGCGGGCGCGCCGGUCUGCGUCGCCGCCAACGUGCUGGGCCUGUGGACGGCGGUGCCCCUCCAGCUGCUAUAUACGCAGGAGGGCAGCUGGCACGAGGACGGCGGCAGCAAGCGCGGCAGCAGCGCUGACCGCGGCGGCAGCAGUGGCGGCAGCAGUGGCAGCGCGGGCGCAGCGCCCGACAAGCGCGUGCGGCGGCGGCGCCACGGGCGCGAGUUUAGCUACGCGUGUGGCUGCCUCAGGAGCCACUUCCUGGCGGGGGAGGAGCGGUUCAAGGUGGAAUGGGACAAGAGCGACGACUCUGUCUGGUACGACAUCUACACCUUCUCCCGCCCCGCCCACCCCCUGGCCUUCGCGGGCUACCCCCUCGUCCGCGCGCUGCAGGCGCGCUUCAGGCACGACUCUGCGCGCGCGGUCGCGCGCGCGGCGGCGGCGGGCACCGUGGAGCGGUGCAUCGACGCGAAGACGCGGCGGCGGCUGGCGCUGGCCGAGGGCCUGGAUGACGCGGCGUGA